CACGUUUCCGAGUCAUAUCUAUUAAUCAUGUCUAACAACAGUACUCUCACCUAAAUGUGGAUGGGAGAUAUAGGACCACGCAUUAGCUUUUGUUGCCGGAAUUAUGUCAGCUGAGAGGCUGUGUAAAAGACACUAGAAAGCUAUUAGUGGGAUACAUGUUCGAACGGGAGAUGUAAUUGACGUGAUAGCUCCCGCGAAAGGCUCCGAAACCAGAGAAAUUCACCGUACUGCUUCUUGGUGCCUCCGACAUGCUUUCGGAUUGACAAGUGAUUUUUUGGCUUUCUUAUAGCUACCAGGGCCAGUCUGAUCCAUACUGAACUCAAGAAAGCACAAAAUGGCCGCUCACAUUAUGGAGUGUCUAAUCCAGUCUUCUGAUGGUACGAGGAAGCCAAUUGUCUCGCAGACGCAUGCUAUACCGCAAAUACGAAAACCGCAUGAUGUUUUAGUCAGGGUCGCUGCUGUUGCCUUGAACCCAACGGACUUCAAGUCUCCAGAAUCCAAUCCGAAGCCUGGCGCUAUCAUCGGCUGCGACUUCACGGGGACAGUUGUCUCGACCGGAUCCUCCACUGAAGGGUUGCAAGUUGGGCAGCGCGUAUGCGGUUUCGUUCACGGAUCUAACCCUGGGAACCCCGACAUUGGUUCAUUCGCCGAGUUCCUUGUCGCAGACAGCCGGUUGCUCAUCAAAGUUCCCGACACCUGGAGCGACAAAGAAGCUGCAGCACUAGGAGGCGUUGGAUGGGGGACAGUGGCGUUGGCAAUUGAAAAAUCUCUCCAGCUCGCAGGACGUCCAUCCAACGCGGAAAUGAACCUACGAGCCGACGGCAAGCGACCAGUGGUCCUGGUCUCCGGGGGGGCGACCGCAACAGGGACUAUGGCUUGUCAACUGCUAGCAAGUGCCGGAUGCGAUCCUAUUGCGACAGUCUCUCCCGCCAAUUCAACCCUGGUAAAAAGCUAUGGAGCCGUCAGCACUAUCGAUUACACCGCUCCUUCGUGCGGCGACACAAUCAAGGAGCAGACGAAGGGCACCCUACGAUACGCCAUCGACUGCAUUACGUCACCAGAAUCGGUAGCGACCUGUUUCGAAGCUCUGGGGCGGGCCGGUGCGCGCAUCAGUGCCCUAGACCAUAUUCCCGACGCGUGGAGAACGCGCAAAGCUGUCAAGAUUGAUUUCCCUCUGGGAUAUACCCUCUUUGGCUCUGAGGUACAGCUCCAAGGAGCCUAUCAUCGUGACGCCGACCAUACCAAAAUGGAGCUUGGACAACGCUGGCGGGACGAAGUGCAGCAGCUCGUCGAUCAUGGACAGCUCAAGUGCCACCCGCCUCGAGAGCUGUCCAACGAGCCACAUGGCAGGUGGGAGAGCAUCAUCCAGGGCCUGGAAAUGCUCAAGGCGGGAGAAGUCCACGCGCAAAAACUGGUGGUACGUCUAAUGUAGGUAGCCAGUAAUAAGCAUCAGUCAACCAAGACACUAGGCCUUCUGAUAGGGUUUAGUAAGGAUCGAUUACCAUGCUAUAAUGUGGUUCGUCUGGUGUAGCUAAGGCACUAUGGCCUUAUGAUAGGGUUUAGUGAGCAUUGUUG